GAGAUAUUUAGAUUAAGUGCUCGAUAUCCAAUAUCCACACACAAGUUCUGAUCUCGGUGAUAAGAUUUUAAAAAUAAGAAAUCGCUAUUCUAAAAUCUAAAGUCUGAAAUAUGUAUUCGAAGCUGAAACUUUUUAUUUGAAGCGAUUUAUUGCAGCUAAUCCGAGGAAACAGCUGAUUCUUGAAUCUCAUGGCAAUCAUGAAAUAAAUAUUAUUUGAAAUAAUCUUUUUUUAAAUAUUUGAUUUAAUCGGACCCUGGUGGAGAGCGGAGUGGAGAGAAUAGGAAGGAUAAUGUUCUGUUGACAGUUUUCCUCCCAACCCUGGUCUUUUCCGGUCUUAUCCUCACCAUCUCCAUCUACUGCUGCUGGAAGAUACACGCCGGGAACAGGGAGCUACACAAGGAACUAAAGAACUUGGAGCGUAAAAAACGAAAAGCUGAAAUGUAUGAUAUAGAACAGGAAAUCACUGUUAUACUUUUUUAUUAUUUUUUUUUGGUUAUUCACACUUUGUCAUUUUAGUCAUCCGCGUUGUAAUUAACAAAGUUAAAACACUCUAAAAUCUAGAAUAAUUGAUGAAAUCAGGACGCCAGAGAUUUCGAAAUGGAAAUACCGGAGAGGGAAAUAAUAAGACUGAAGUCCGGAGUAAGGACGGACAGACCAAAGUCUGGAGUAAGGUCGGAUAUCAGACCAAAGUCCGGAGUAAGGACGGAGAGCAGACCAAAGUCCGGAGUAAGGACGGAGAGCAGACCAAAGUCCGGAGUAAUGACGCAAAACAAAGAAAAUAGAGUAAAAUCGGCUAAUGGACUAGGUUUACAGAAUGGAAGAGUUAAAAGUACAGCAGUUAAAGAGGGGAAAUCAAAGACAACUCGAGCCUCUAGUCCCAAAAAUCCUACUCCAAUUAUAUCUAUAACAGCUGAAUCUAAAGAAGAAAAGGGUUCAACAAAAAAUGAUGACUCAGAAUUAGAGUUUGACUCAAAAUUUACAAAAAUGGAAACAUCACGGAAUUUGGGACGCCUAGAACCUAUUCAGCUACACCUUUCCGCCCCUGAUUUAACAUUGACUCCUGAGAACCUGCGCCUGUCUACAGAGGAUUUACGUGUUUUGAGUUCCAAGAUGGGAGAUACCAAGACGAGAUCUCCUAGUCGUCUUCAUACUCUACAUCCAUUAGCCGAUACCUUCAAUAGGGGUGGUCUGCCUGGAUUAAUGAGACCUACGGGACUAUCUCCGGCCGGGUACCAGGCAAAUAUGAGAUUGCUAUUCGACUCUUCUAAGCGUCCAAGCUCUGCAACAAGUUUAAACCUUUCUAGGAGUAGACCAUCGUCAGCCCAGAGUAGGUUCUCAUUAGACAACGAGGUUCAGAUCCAAACCAAACAUUCAAACCUAUCCUCGGAGGAUGAAUUAGUUAAUGUCAGAGAUAUCAUUGUGCAUACAGAGAACAAUUCUAAAAAACCUUCCACAUCUUGUCCGUCAGAGUCCUCCAGCAACGGGCAAAUACUGACAGUUUCUUACCAUAAAGAAUAUCCAGGUUCAGAAACUUCUGCGGGUGCAAACCUACAGGAGCAGAGACAAAAAUUUAAGAAACAUGAUAAAAAUCAUAAAAACUCAAAAUUGUCCGACAACCCAGAUUUAAUAGAAACCAUUCCCAAAAGCACAACAGUAGUUCAAGGAUCAGAAGUAAAUGUUGGAUUAGGAGCCAAAAUAAAAUCCACUAAAACAUCUACCUCUAACUACGUAAACUCUUCCGCUAGUGCAAGACUUAGUUCCAAAUCUGCUGCUAAGACCAGAAUUACUCCUGAAUCCGCCGCUAAUUCAAAAUCUAGAAUUUAUCAGCGGACGAUUUCCAAAACCUCUUUAAAUUCUGAAGGAUCUAGCUCCCGUCCUUCCAGUUCUCUAUACAAGGAAACCCUCAUGGAGAAGAUUAUGAGAGAGAGAAAAGAGAAGAAUUUACAAGGAAGGAACCUGGAGACCCCGGAACGUCCUCCAGUUAAAACUAAACCUGUAAAAUCCAUCCUAAAGAAGAGUGGAAUGAAUUCGACGGUUAAAAAGAAAAAAAUAAAUUUCUCCGGAGAAAGUCAAAAAACGUUGAUAUUCUCAUCCCCUUCGAAGGUUUCCCUAAGUAGUGAACUGAGUGGGCAUCUAAACUAUGGUUAUGUUAUGGAAGCAGAUCCUCUCUCAGAAACUGUUAAAUGGAUCAAGCUUCCAGUUCAAUAGAAUAUAAUAAAAACAUUAAAAGGAAUUGAAUCUUUGGCACAAAAACAAAUU